AUGGCGCUCACGCUCUCCCUCGCGGCGGUCUGGCCUGCGACCGACACGCCGCUGCGCCAUACCCGACCCCGUGCUCGUGUAUGGAGCCUCGUCAUACCCGACCCCGUGCUCGAGUCGCGCUUCACCGCGGCCGCCUUUCGCUCUGCGUACACACCGCUCGUCAUCUUCCUGGCAGCCUGGACGGCGAUUCAUUUAAUUCUCGCCGCCGUCUACCCGGCCGUCAGAGACACGGGCGUGCUGACGGCUUUGGCCGGAGCUGCGCUUGCCGUCGCACGAUGGAGGCACCUCGGGGCGAACCGCAUGGCGGACCAGCAGCGCGCGCGCAAGCUGUUUGGCGCCGCGCUGGUUGUGAUGCACGCCUCGGCCUGGGCCGCGCUACUGCUCAUCUUCCGUGUCCACCCGCCCGAGCCGGGCCACCCCGGCUUGGUGGUGGCUGGUGGGGUGCUGUGGUUCCUCGUCUCUUUCUACCUGCGCCACUCGGCCACCCCGCUGCGCUUCACCGACCCGGAAGAGGAGGCCGUCUACACGGCCAAGGCCUUCCGCUCCGCCUUCCCGCCCCUCGUUGUCUUCCUCGCCGUCUGGGCGGCCGUCCACCUGAUCCUCGCCGCCGUCUACCCCGUCGCGAUCUCCCCGCUGGCACCGGACGCUUUCCCGCACACGACGGCCCGGCAAGUCCUCUUCCUCGCCGCCUGCACGCAGCUGUCGGGCCUCAUUGCGCGCUGGCGGGCAGACCGCAUGCAAGACCAGCAGCGCGCCCGCGUCCUCUUCGGCCGCGCGGUGAACGCGCUGACGGCCGUCUCCUACGCAGUCACCCUGACGAUCCUCCGGCUCCACCCGCCCGAGUCGGCAGCCCCAAUCUACCUGUUUGGCCUCUGCCAGCUGCCCCCCUCCCUGCUCGUCGUCUACCUGCGCUACUCGGCCAUCCCGCACGCGCACCGGCUGGGCUGGCUCGCAGUCAACGCGCUCGGCUUCGCUGCGCUGCCGCCGCUCACCGACAUCGGCCGGCCCGGGGAGCCGCUGCUGAUGAGCGGCGCGCUGAUGCUCGGCGAGCCCUCGGCUAGGUUCCUCGCGCGGCUCCGCCACCCGUCGGUCUGCACUCUCUUCGGCGCGACGGUCCUCUCGGACGGCGGCGGCGCGCUCGUGCCCGCGCCGACCACGUCGCGGCGCGUCAAGCUCUCCAGUGAAGCUUCUCGGAAGCUUCGCCUAGGCGCGCUCGUGCUCGAGCUGAUGCAGACCUCGCUCAGCGAGCUGCUCAGGCGGGGCGAGCCCUUCCGGGCGGGGCUGGCGGCCAGGAUCGCGGCCGAGGUUGCGACGGGCAUCUCCUUCCUGCACGGCAACGGCGUCAUGCACCGCGACGUCAAGCCGAGCAACGUCGCCGACUUUGGGCUCGCGCGGCUCGUUGGCAGCUGCUCCGUCUCCUCGUCCGGCGAUGCGUCGCCAGUGUUGUGCGCGCCGAGCACCGAGCUCUUCAUGGCGCCCGAGGUCCGUGGCCAGUCCUCGGCGUCCGGCAAGUCCGUCGCGGGCUACGACGAGCGGUGCGACACCUUCUCGUACGGGAUGCUGCUGUGGUCCCUCAUGCACGAGGUGGCCGUCCCGCCCUCCUCCGCCUCCGCGUCGCGGCCGCCGCUGAGCCUCUCGCCCGACCGCGCGGUCUACGCCCGCCUGAUCGCGCGCUGUUGGCAGCACGACCCAGCGAUGCGGCCGAGCAUGCAAGAGGUGGCCGCCGAGACAAUCGGCCUUGCCUCGGCCGGUGGGUGGCCAGCGCCAGAAAGCAGUGCGGAUCGCACCAGCGAGGCUGCGGCGGCGGACAAUCUGCGGGGCGUUGCCUUCCGGCCAAUCUGGAGCUCCAUGUCCUCCGCGGCCCCAGAGUACCCAGCCCCCGAGGCGCAGGCGGCAAAGCGGCGCCGUGUUGCUGGAGAUCCCACCGUCAUUUUUGCCCGACACCGGCACUGUGAGUGA